AGUUAUGACGUUGAGGCUUCGAAAGGUCACGAAAUGAAACGAACAGGAAAAAGAAGAAGCAGGAAAUUUCCGCGUGCUCAGACAUAGAAGAGGAUCUACGCGCUGUUUGUUCAUGAGCCAUGGAGAGCAGAAGGAGUACCCUAAGGGAUAUCUGGACUGAUUCCCUCUUUGAGAGGUGCGGGAGUGUAACAAGUCCUGAGUCGAAACCACUGCCGAAGCGGAAACGGCGCCAAAGACUCUCCACAACCGCUCUCCAAGAAGCACUAUCAUCCUAUACUCCACAGCCCGAGUCGGAGCGCACAAUAAGGCAGAAAUGGAAAUGGGUAAUCAUCUCCGGCGUGGCUUUCAUCACGGUCAGCACCAUUCUAGGCUCCUUCAUUUUUCUUCGAGCCAGGAAAUCGGCCAGGAAAGGCGAAUAUUCCGUCUGCCGAACGCGCCCUUGCAGACUUUACGCAACCCUGCUCGGCAUGUCCAUCAACACGAAUCGGGACCCUUGCGAGAACUUCUACAGCUACGUCUGCGACGGGUGGGACCGCAAGCAGAAGGAAUCAGUCUACUGGACCCACGUGAUGGAUUACAGCGGCCAGCUAAGUGACAGCCUUACUGACUCAACCGUUCCUCCUUUCAAUCAGAGUGCCGUCGAAAAAGCCAUGAAGCUCUACAUGUCGUGUCGAAGAGCAAGCGCCGGCGGUCCAGGUGAAAGAGACGAGUUUCGUAAGCUGUGGAGUGACUGUGAAAUUUAUUGGCCGAGACCUACAGAAAAUGCGAACAUAUUUAAGACUCUGAUUUUGCUCUACAACACCUUUCAACAGGAGAACGUUCUAAAUUUCAAAAUUCCUCGCCCAGAAGGCAGCCCCUAUUUGUACAUAUUUUUGGGAAACCAGCUGUCAGUUUUGUACAACAUGAGCGUUCGUAUCAAAGCUGCAGCCGGCUACCAAGAUUAUUACGAGAGUGUACAGAGAAUGCUGAAAACUGGUGGAACCAAGGAAACCGAGUUACUGCCGUACAGAGAAUUUGUAAAAAUCGAAAGCUUCAUUCAAAAUGCUAUGGUUGUCACUCUAAACAAGACCACCAUGAGAGCCACGCCAAUGAAUCUUAGUGAACUUGCACAGCUUACUCCUAACAUAUCGGCCGACCGAUGGCUAGAAUCGUUGGCCUUCUUGGACCUUCCAGACAGUUCACCUAUCACCAUCGAAAGCGAAGCCUACAUACGGGCAUUCGACCGUAUUUUUAAAGAAGUCGGUGAAAAGGAACUUCAUCGUUACGUCGGCUGGGUUAACAUCCAACAGAUGGCGCCAUUCAUUAACCGCGACCUCCAGCUCGCUGCCGGCGAGAUCGUGACACGCCCUUCAAGGGUUGCACUGGCUUCUUGUAUGUACCGCACAGAGAUAUUCAUGGGAUGGGCCAUGUAUGCGAGGGUAGCCGCAGACACAUUCACCAGUGCAUCUAAGGCAGACCUGCACAGUCUCGUAAAGAACAUUGCAGAUACCACCACAGAACAGGUGAUACUCCCUGGGUUUCGCAUUAAGAAGGCUCUCCUGAAAUCUACUCUCAAGACAUGGCGCUUUGAUCUAAUGAAAUAUCCCGACAGAUUUCCGACACUGAAGAGCCUCGAUAUCAUGUUCGCGAACAUGUCCGACAUGGGAGACAGUCUCAUGAAGAACUGGGUCAACGCUGUUGCAAGCCUGGCACGCAUCAACCACACAACGCUCGCCCUGGGCGCACCUCACUUCGUUGGCCAGGUUAUAAACAGCGAAUAUUUUGACUUCCAUAAUGUUGAAGAAGGAACGUACGCGUUACCACCAACGGCAGUCGUCAUGCCGCUGUACGAGUACGGCAUCAGUGAAGCAGUGAAGUACGGAGGGCUCGGCCUACUGCUUGCGAAGAGCGCGCUCGCCAUUGUGCGCUACCAUGUCCCGACUUUCGCAAACCUUUCCUCGGACUGUUUCGAAGAGUCUUUCGAAGGCACUCCGUUCAAGGACGACAGUAUUCUGGAAACUGCAAUUUCCUUAAGUAUUGCUUGGAUAGCGUUUUCUAGGCGUUCGUCUACUGAAGUACGACUCCAAUUUCUGAGAACGGUGACGGACAAGCAGAUAUUCUUCAUAGCCACUUGUUAUCUUCUUUGUGGACAAGAAGAACGAAAAUUAUUCGUGCGAAUGUGCAAUGAGCCCCUCAAGCACAAUGCCGAGUUCUCAGAAGCAUUUGCGUGCGAUCAUCACAGCCCUAUGAACAAGGGAAGAAAGUGCGAGUUCUUCGCAGCGUAAAUAUAUCAUUAUUUAUUUUGCGUAAGUUGUCUGGCGCACAUUGAUGUACUGAUCCGAAGCUUGCUGCUAUUGUGUGUAACGAUGUUUUGUGAAAGCUUAUGUGAACGAAUACGAGAUAUUGAAAAAAAAAAA